AUGAUUUAGUAGUAAGGUUAACAAGAGGAAGUACAAAAGUAAGAGACUAAGGAUGAGGGAAGAAAUGCUUCUUCAUAUGGGGAGGAAGGUAGAAAAGGGCAAUCUAAGAGACGUGAUUCUUCAAAUGAAUCAUACUCAAAUUAAUCAUCCUCUUUUGAGAAUAAGAUUGGAAAACGUUACUAUCCACACAGUGAAUUCAAGAUUCACUUUUAUGUACGUCAUGUACAUAUGAAUGGUAUGAGUACUAAUGAAUUCUUGAGUUUCAUAAAGAGAAAAGGUAAUGUAUGGUAAUAUUUAGUGAAUUUGGCUGGAUCAUGUGAGGUUGUUCAAAUGUUCAAUACACAGGGAUCAUAUUGUGAUGUAGCAAUAGGGAUGAGCAAUGAUGAUAAUGCCAAAUUAGUAUAUAUUGGCAAGAAGCAUUUCAAUUUUGGAAGGAAUGGUAUGAUUUAGUCAAAUUAUGUAUAGGAAGAUAAAAGGAAGUAGUUGAAUUGAGUGAUGCCUUUAAAAAUUAUUUAGAAAAUAAGAAUAUGUUAGAAAAAGAACAUUUAGAACGAUCCUUGAGGAGAAAUGUAAUAAUAGAAAGUUGAUUGUAGUAAUAAUCUAAGGGUAGAAGUGAUAGUAGUGAAUCAUCAAGAAGAUAUAAGAGUAGAAGUGUUAGUAAGAAAAAGAAGAGUAAAAAAGUUGACAGCAAAUAAUCUUAAGGUUAAGGAUCAAGAAGGAGAUCUCCAUCUUCUUCUAGUGAACCAAGAAGAAUAAAAUAAGUCAAAAAAAAUAGAUAAUCAUCUAGGAGUUCUUCUUUAGAUUUAAAUAAAGAUUAAUUGAAUGUUUAACCUAUCAAACCUUAAUAGGUGUACACUGAUAAAAAUAGUGUUUAUAUCUUCUCUAUACCACAAGAAGUUAAUGAGAAUGAUGUUAUCUAAGAGAUUGUUACUCAUCAUAAAUAAAAUGCACCUAUACAUCAAAUUUGGAGUUAUUAUUUAUUUAAAUUAUUAAGACACUUCUGAUAAGAUGCAAUAUUUAGAGUUAUAAUUUUAAGAUGAAAAUACUGCUCAAUUUUUAGUCAAUUUGAGGCCCUGUUUGCAAGUUAAGGGCAUACCUCUUUUAGUUGUGGCUAAAAAAUAAAGACCUGUUUAAGAUUUAUUGAGAAAUUAUGAGGUGCAAGUUGAAUUAGAUAGAGAUGUACCUCCUUUUAAUGUCUAUUUGGAGUUUAAAAAGUAUGGAGAUCUAAUUGGAAUAUAUGUUUUUUAGUAAAAUAGGAAGUAUGGCAGCAAUUUAAUUUUCAAGUUAUUUACUCUUGUAUUCAUCGUCCUCUUAAUUGCAGGAGGCAUUACGUCCUCCAGUCCAUUUAUAAUUGGUCAUUAACGAUUAAAAUGUUAAUGCUAACGCCAAGAUUAUUGAUAAACCUAUUGAUAUCCAACGUCCAUUUAUCAAAGAAACUUUAGCUUAUUAGCUUAGCACUUAAUAGGACAACAGUAUUUCAAUUCUUAUAUUAUAGAAGAUAGAAAAAGAAAAGAUAAAAAAUGAG